AUGAAUGGCGUUCCGGGAGACCUCCUCCCCGAUGACACGGUCUUCCCAGAAGACCUGCUGGGGCUUGGAUUCGUCAUCACCAAAGAUGACAAAAUCCGGUACAUCGCCGCCCCUGACCAAGGCCCUCGUUACAAGGUCAACCGAAGUGACCGCAUGAACAAGGUCCACAUUGAGGCCUUGCAUAAGGCGAUUCGUACCAGCAUCAUUGACCGGCUCCUGGGAAUGGGCAUGCACUUCAUGAAAAUUCCCAAGGGCAGCAAGCAGCAGGUCCCCAUCAUGGUGUCUGGUAACGUUACCACUGCACCUCGAGUUGUCGUAUUCGUCGGCGAGAUUGUCGAAGACCUGGGCGUCUUCUCGUACCGUGAUGCUUGCGACGAUGGCAUUUCUUUCGGUUCGAUCUUGGGCUUUGCAAAGGGUCUGCUCGGUGAGAAUGCUCAAGAUUCGCCGAAUGCUCUCAUCCUUGCGAACGCCGGCCAGAAUGUCUGGCACAAUGCAGGUUGGUUCGCGAUGACCCAUGACAGUGUUCAUGGUCAACACCGCGCCUCUGCCGUGGACCGCGAACGUCCACUGAGUGCUCGUAACGUGAUCGGCAACGGCAUCAGUGAGCAUGUCCAGAAUAUCUUCGAAGGAAUCUUGAUGCGCAGCAACUUCCGAGUCGGUGCCAGAAUCGACAUCAUUGGCCUGUCUGAGGGCGGCCAUGCUGCCAUGACAUACCUGAAGAACCAAUGGAGUUUAUGGUCGCCCCACAUCUCCUCUCUCUCCCUGAUCAACCCCGAGACGAUUGUGAGCGUGGACACCAAGACUGAUGACCAGAAGGAUCCGAAGUCAUUCGCCUGGUUUAUGAAAUACCGUUGCCGUGCUUGGGCCAUCUGUGACAAGUCGAUUGGCACACGUGUGCCCGGUCUUAACCUCCGCCAUGGUUGCAACACGUACUCUUCCGGUGAAGGCACGAAGUCGGCGUGCAUGAUCACUCGUGGUGUGGGACACAUCUUGACCUGGAUGAACAUUAUGCACUACUCCCCGAUGGCGAUGGAGAAGUUUGAUGUGGUCCCUGGCGAGACCGAUCCCAACGGCGAAGGUUUUAUCGCAUCACUGAUCAACAACGACAUACUCCCUGGCGGCAAAAUUGAGGUGCACAGCCUAGAAGUUAUGAACCAGAUUCAAAGCUUUCUGACCGGUGUCACGUUCACCGAGGACAUGGUAACUUUUUUCAAUGACAAGUUGUAUCCCGGUGAAGAUGAUACCAACGAAAGCGACGAUGACAGCGAGUGUUCGGCCAUUUACAGAGUUGAGAACAAUGAUGCGUUUGACGCUCUUCCUGACGUCCUUCCUGCCAUUCCUGGCGGUCCUGCUGACGCUUACGCGAACGCUCUUCCCACCCCCGACGAUCCCAACGUCCUUCCUGACCCUCUUGCUGACGCUCUUUCCGUUCUGGAAACCCCAACCUACUACGACGACGUAAUCGUCGGCAAGGCUGGCCCGUUUGAGCUUAGUGAUCUGCAAGACAUCCGAGAGGAGGGCGAAGAAGAGUAA